GUGGUAGAGCGCGUGGCUUUUAACCACGUGGUCGUGGGUUCGAUCCCCACGGACGGCGUUGUACUUUCAAAAUUUUUGGCACCUCUUUUCAGUUUUACUUUAGCUAAAAUCCCUGCGACACCGAGGAGACGGCAGUGACGAAUGCCCAUCAUUUCAUUUCUCUGGUAAUUUUUGGCCUAGAAUUUGAUUCACAGUGAUCGUUCGAGCAAAAUUGAAUUGAAAUUUGAAAAGUUUGAUCUGUAGUUUUUAAUCGAGCGCGCUACGAACUGCAGAACUAGGCCGAAACGGUUGCCUUUCUCCCAGUCCCCAGCCACCCCUCGUCCCCUUCCCUCCCAAUUCGAAGCGAUAAAACCCCACGCGUGCGCGCGGUUCCAAGCCUGGCAGUUGUUGCCGUAGAAUUCGCAACCCCUCCACCCCACUCCUCACGUGCCGCUUCGCCGGCAGCGGCGGCAACCGCCAUGUUUCCUCCGCGGCCCCCUCUCGUCGCCGUCAUCCCCGUCCUCCUCGCGCUCCUCGCGGCCGGCGGCGGCGUGGAGAUCCUUUCCAAGUCCCGCCUCGAGCGCUGCGUCCGCGACUCGGGCGCCGGCGGCCGCCUCUCCUGCGACCGGAAGAUCGUCCUCAACAUGGCCGUCCCCAGCGGCUCCAGCGGAGGGGAGGCGUCGCUGGUGGCACAAGUGACGGAGGUGGAGGAGAACAACACGCAGGCGAUGCAGACCAUACGGGACCCCCCCGUCAUCACCAUAAACAAGACGGCCACGUACGCGCUCUAUGCCCUCACCUACAUCAGGGAUGUUGCUUACAAACCUGAGGAACAGUUUGUUAAGACACGCAAAUGUGAGCCAGAUGCCGGUGCUGAAAUUGUUAAAUCUUGUGAAAGGUUGUGGGAUGCGAAUGGUCAUAUAAUGGAGCACACAGAGCCUGUUUGCUGUCCAUGUGGUCCUCAGCACCGUGUACCUUCAUCUUGUGGAAACUUUUUUGAUAAAAUGGUCAAAGGAAAAGCUAACACGGCUCAUUGUCUACGAUUCCCUGGUGAUUGGUUCCAUGUUUUCGGGAUAGGGGCAAGGUCUCUUGGGUUCAGCAUCAGAGUACAAGUGAAGAAAGGCUCUUCUGUAUCGGAGGUUGUUGUUGGUCCAGAGAAUAGAACUGUUGUUUCUGGAGACAACUUUCUGAGAGUAAAUCUUGUUGGUGAUUUUGUUGGUUAUACAAGUAUCCCAUCAUUUGAGGACUUCUAUCUUGUGACUCCACGGAAGGGUGCUGGUAGUGGUCAGCCUCAGAUCCUUGGGGAUGAAUAUUCCAAGUGGAUGCUGUUGGAGAGAGUUCGUUUUACAUUAGAAGGUCUUGAAUGCAACAAGAUUGGUGUUGGUUAUGAGGCUUACCAAAACCAACCUAACUUCUGUUCAUCACCAUUUUGGAGCUGCUUGUACAAUCAGCUUUGGAACUUUUGGGAGGCUGAUAAAAAUCGGAUAAACAGGAACCAACAGCCCCAAUAUGUUGUCGAGGGAAGGUUUCAAAGGAUCAAUCAACAUCCGAGUGCAGGUGUUCAUACUUUUUCUGUGGGAGUCACAGAAGUUCUUAAUACCAAUUUGCUGAUAGAGCUGAGUGCUGACGAUAUAGAAUACGUCUAUCAGAGGAGUCCAGGGAAGAUAAUUAGCAUUAACAUUCCUACAUUUGAAGCCUUAAGUCAAGUUGGUACUGCGAAGGUCACAACUAAGAAUAUUGGUAAAUUGGAGGCUUCGUACAGCUUGACGUUCGAUUGCUUAAGUGGCAUCAGUUACGUGGAGGAGCAGUUCUUUAUCAUGAAACCUGAUGAAGUGAUUAUACGAUCAUUUUAUUUGCGUCCAUCAACAAAUCAAGCAGAAAAAUAUCGAUGUGCAGCUAUUCUGAAGGCAUCAGAUUUUAAUGAAGUUGACAGAGCAGAAUGCCAAUUCUCUACUACAGCUACAGUUCUGGAUAAUGGAACACAGAUCGGUUCAUCGAAUGACCACAAGAAGGGUGGCAUCAGGGGUUUCUUUGAAGCCAUUAAAGCCUUUUGGUGCACGCUCUGGGAUUAUGUGAUCGACUUCUUUACUGGCAGAUCGUGCAGGUACUUCAAUUCCUUCCAGGACCAAAUGUUCGAGCUUUUUCGACUUCAGUUGCCAUAUUCGGUACAUAUGUAUCGGCUGGACCGUAAUGUUUGGCCUGCUACUUGCCAUAGUACCCGCAGUUGCAGUGCUCCUGUGGCUUCUGCAUCAGAAAGGCUUAUUCGAUCCGCUGUACGACUGGUGGGAGGACCUGUUGGGGCUAGAGUCGCACGACCGCGUGCACCCGAGGCACAAGAGAGGCCGCUACAGUCACUCCCACCGCCACGGCGACCACCUCCGCAGGCACCGCGCGCACCAGAGGCACAAGAGCGGGCCCGACCACCACCACCACCACCACCACCACGUCCUGCACAGGCACGGCGCGCAGCAGCCCGACCCGGCGGUGGCGGAAGGCCACCGGCACAGGCACGACGCGGCGCUCGGCGUUCAGCACAGGGAAGUGGGGCACAAGCACCGGCACAGCAAGGCGGUGGCCGCGGCGCUGCACUGGGACGGGCCAAGCUGGGUGCGCGGGACGGAGGACGCCGUGCCCGUGGAGUACAGGGACCGGGGGCGCCACGAGAGGCACGCCGCGCACGGGCAGCACGACCACGGGCACCACCACUCCUGGGAGGUGUAAGAAUUUCGUUGUGAAGGCCAUCAGUUGUAGCCUUGUAGGGUCUGUGACUGUGAGCAAGUGAAUUUCGUUGUGAAAGCCGUCAGUUGUAGCCUUGUAGGGUCUGUGACUGUGAGCAAGUUUCAUUGACGUUUACUUUCUACUUAAGCCGAGUGGCUCAUCAAAAUAUUCUUGAGUGGAAUGGACCUUGAGGGAGACGACCAGGAAGUGGCAUCUGUUAUGGCGUGCUAGACUGGGCAGGCUUGCUUGCACUAGACGGACCGGUGAGAUGUCUGCCUCUCAAUCCGGAUGUCUUUCUGACGCAAAAACGAGACAGUGGGACGAGGUUUGUAGUGAUCUUCUAGAAAGACUUUUAAGCAGCUGUUUAAAUCCCCGUACUUUGUUCGUCACAGCCGGAUCCAGGAGAGGGCUUAGCCAGGGCAAAGCUCGCUCAAAUUCUUGUUUUUGGUGAACUUAGAUUUUUUUUCUUCAUAAAGUUACAAAGUCUCUUCUUGAUAGCAGUUUUUAGACUGUAUCCGCUCAUAUUUAGUGGAUUUGCUUUUGCUCAAUUUUUA